UGUAACCCACUUCUCAGGCACAAUGGCUGUCCCACCAUCCUAUGCUGAUCUUGGUAAAUCUGCCAGAGAUAUAUUCAACAAAGGAUAUGGUUUUGGACUGGUGAAACUCGAUGUUAAGACCAAAUCUGCAACUGGAGUGGAAUUCGCAACAUCUGGUUCCUCAAACACAGACUCGGGCAAAGUAAAUGGCAGCCUAGAAACUAAAUACAAAUGGGGAGAAUAUGGAUUAACCUUCACAGAGAAGUGGAAUACAGACAACACUUUGGGGACAGAAAUUGCCAUUGAAGACCAGAUUGCUAAGGGUUUGAAGCUGACAUUCGACACAACAUUUUCACCAAAUACUGGCAAGAAGAGUGGUAAAGUUAAAGCUGCCUACAAACGGGAGUAUGUCAAUUUGGGAUGUGAUGUGGACUUUGAUUUUGCGGGCCCUGCCAUCCAUGGUUCAGCUGUCGUUGGGUACGAAGGGUGGCUGGCUGGUUAUCAGAUGACUUUUGACAGUGCCAAAUCCAAGCUGACAAAGAACAACUUUGCAGUUGGUUAUAAGACGGGAGACUUCCAGCUUCACACCAAUGUUAAUGAUGGGUCAGAAUUUGCUGGCUCUAUCUAUCAAAAAGUCAGUGACAAAAUGGAGACCGCUGUCAACUUGGCUUGGACUUCAGGCAAUAACAGCACACGUUUUGGUAUUGCUGCAAAGUAUCAGCUGGACUCCCAUGCGUCCAUCUCUGCAAAGGUGAACAAUUCCAGCCUUGUAGGUGUAGGUUACACCCAGACCUUAAGGCCAGGUGUAAAGCUGACACUCUCUGCGCUGGUAGAUGGAAAGAACAUAAAUGCUGGUGGACACAAACUAGGUCUGGGUUUGGAGUUAGAGGCUUAAGCUUGUCACCUUUCUUUCUUCAAAUGGCACCACGGGAUAUCCAGGAAAAUUGGCCUUACUUGUAACAUUUUCAAAAUGAUAACCAGCAUAGCUUAUUUUUGCAUCCCUCUGUUUGUCUCCAACUGCUGCCUUUUAACAUCAUAGGACAGAAAUUGUGCUGAGGUAGACGUUCCUUAUUCUCUGACUUGAUUCUAGUUACAGUUAACCGGUUAUCUCUCCAUGUGGGGACCUUCAGCAAAGCACUCCCUUACAUGUUAUUUAAAUGUGUACUUUACUGUAUAGUAGUGCUUUGUACUAUGGAUAAAAUAGACCUCUACCGAGUGGAAACACACAAUGCACAUGUGUAUGCAUGUUUGUUUUUAUUUUUUAUUAAUAUUAUUAUUUUGUUUCAUAAAGCUAAGUCCAAAACAUGUCAUGGAACUGUGUAUUUCUGCACCCAGAGGGACAGCAAUUUUGCUUAGACCACCUUUAUUUUGUAAGGAUUUUUGAUAUCCCUGAAAAUGUAAGAAUUAUCAAUAAAAAUCUUACAUGUGCAA